AUGUCAAUAGAUCGAGAAAUCGAUAACAUCGCCGAUACCUUAGCAGAUGUCAGUCGGUUUCUUUCCUACGCCGACAAUUCGACAGACGAAACGUUGUGGCAAUUCAACCAGACCCUAUCAAAUCUGGAAGACAAAUUGAGAAGCCUCUCCUACGAUAUUUCUGAAAUAUCGCAGCAGAUUACGGAUGGAGCAAAGGAGCUCCCACACGCCUAUGUCUACUACGCCUUACUCUCCGUCCUUCUAUUCAUUUUAUGGCUUCUCAUCGUCUAUAUGGCAUUCACAGCCCAUGGCUCAUGGCUAAAUCUCAAGCAACUCUUCCAAGAAACCAAAAAUUCCGGACGCACCUAUCGACGGGCGCCGCAGUUUGAAAGAGUGGUUGUUGUACGCGACUCCCCGCCUCCCAGCUACGAAUCAAAAACUCCGACUACACUCGGCUCCGAAGAGACGAUGCCUAUGAUGUUACAUUCGGAUCAU